GACAUGUGAAACUUUUCUUCAAGAGUUUCUCGGCGUGUUGGCUGCAGCCGCUGCACUUCUGAACACAGCCUGCAGAGAGGUCGGAGUCUGCCUAUUUUUAGUCCCCCCAAAAUCGGCGGUCAAAUGGGGGGAAAUGACGGUGCGUGAAGAUUUCGCGAGGCCCAGCUCCCGAGUGACGGAACACGCGGUGCAACACAACUCGGCAACUUUUUUUGAGUCUUCCAGCAUCGCCACCGCCGACGAGUAGCACCGCCAUGGCCGCCCAGUGCGACGCUUUAAGCGGAUACUUGCAGCAGCAACAGUCGGACCAGGGCUCCAAUAGCGAGCGCAGCACAGACUCGCCUUUGCCGGGCUCUGAGGAGGACCUGAGCGGACCUCACCAGCUGCCCGACCCGGAGUGGACCGAGGAGCGUUUUCGAGUGGACCGAAAGAAGCUGGAAUUCAUGUUACUAGCUGCCUCAGAGGGGAGAGUCAAUGGCGGGGAGGAUUUCUUUCAGAAGAUUAUGGAUGAAACACAAACACAGAUAGCCUGGCCUUCCAAGCUGAAGAUUGGAGCAAAGUCGAAAAAAGAUCCACACAUCAAGGUGUGCGGCAAGAGGGAACACGUGAAGGACGCCAAAGAGAGAAUUAUGUCAGUGCUGGAUACGAAGAGUAACAGGGUAACACUGAAAAUGGACGUGUCGCACACGGAGCACUCCCACGUGAUCGGCAAGGGCGGCAACAACAUCAAGCGGGUGAUGGAGGAGACGGGCUGCCACAUCCACUUCCCUGACUCCAACAGGAACAACCAGGCGGAGAAAAGCAACCAGGUGUCUAUCGCGGGGCAGCCGGGAGGGGUGGAGGCGGCUCGCGCUAAGAUCAGGGAGCUGCUCCCUCUCGUGCUGUCUUUCGAGCUCCCAGCCAUCAUGCAGUCGGACCCCAGCUCGCCGAGCGUGCAGGCCAUCUCGCAGACGUACAACCUCGCCGUGUCCUUCAAACCGCCGACUCGGCUCUACAGAGCCACGGGCGUGGUGCGCGGCUCCCAAAACAACGCCAACGCCGUCAAGCGUGGCACAGCGCUGCUUCUGGAGCACUUGGCAGGCAGCCUGGUGAGCACCAUCUCGGUCACCACCCACUUGGACAUCGCCCCCCAGCACCACCUUUUCAUGAAAGGCCGCAACGGCAGCAACAUCAAGCACAUCACGCAGAGGACGGGCGCCCAGAUCCACUUCCCCGACCCUAACAGCCCCCAGAAGAAGUCCACCGUCUACAUCCAAGGCACCAUCGAGUCGGUGUGCCUCGCCCGGCAGUACCUCAUGGGCUGCUUGCCGCUGGUGCUGAUGUUCGACAUUAAAGAGGACGUGGAGGUGGAGCCGCAGUGUAUCACGGCCCUCAUGGAGCAGCUGGAUGUCUUCAUCAGUAUCAAACCCAAGCCGAAGCAGCCCAGCAAGUCUGUAAUAGUCAAGAGUGUGGAGAGGAACGCCGUGAACAUGUACGAAGCCCGGAAGUUCCUCCUGGGCCUGGAGAGCAACGGCGUGUCUUGCUGCUCGCCCUCGGUGACCUUGAACCCGCCGGCUCCCAACGUGCCCUCGCCGUCCCUCAUCUGCCCCGUUGGCCUGGACAUCCUGGCCUCAGCUGGUCUGGGGCUCAGCAACCUGGGCUUCCUGGGUGCAACGGCAUCACACUCGCUGGCCAACUCGCUGGCCAACUCGGCGGCCCCCAACGCCGUCCUAAACACCUUAAAUUCCUCCAUGAGCCCCCUGCAGGCCCCCAGUCCCGGCACCCCCACGCCCUCCCUCUGGCCCAGCUCGCUUACCAGCACCCAAGCCUUCUCGUCCCAGUUGAUGCUGCACCCGGCCACCCACGCCACCCUGAGCAGCAUCCUGCUGUCAGGCGUGCAGGGUUACACGCAGAGCACGCCCUCCCCUCCACCGGGCCUGGCGCCCAUCGACAAGCAGCCCAACGGCGUCCCGGACUGCGCCAAGGCAGCCUGCGCUCUCAACGGUCACGUUAAGCAUCCGGCUUCCGUCUACGGGAGGAUAGCCACCGCGUCACUCGCCGAAACGGUUUUGAGUCCAGCGCCGUGCGACUCUGUCCAAGAGGCCAGCGGACACAGUCCAUCAGAACCACUGUCGAGCAAGUCCAGCGCCGAUGAAGGCUCGGACACGUUUGUGGAGGUGGGCAUGCCAAGGAGCCCCUCGCACUCGGCCAGCGGCAGCGAGCUGAAGCAGAUGCUGGCCUCGUGCAAGACGUCGUCGGGAAAACGGCAAGCCGUGGAGCUCCUCCAGGGCACCAAGAAUUCCCACCUACAUUCCGAUUGCCUCCUGUCGGACGCCGAGUCCAGUUCGUCAGACAGCCCUGUGGCUGACAAGAGGGCGCCGGGCAGCGAGCGGGCGGCCGAGAGGGCGGCGCAGCAGAACGAAAGGGAGCGCAUCAGAUUAGCCCCGCAGACCUCCUUCGCCAACAUGCAGGCAUUUGACUAUGAACAGAAAAAGCUGCUGGCAACCAAAGCUAUGUUGAAGAAGCCCGUGGUGACGGAGGUGCGGACUCCGACUAACACCUGGAGCGGUCUUGGUUUCUCCAAGUCCAUGCCAGCCGAAACCAUCAAGGAGCUGAGGAGAGCCAAUCACGUGCCCUACAAGCCCAGCAUGAGCACCACCUAUGAGGGUUCCCCGCUGUCCCUGUCCCGCGCCAGCAGCCGGGAGGGCGUGGCCAACGGCAGUGACUCGGACAACUGGCGGGAGAGGAACGGCACGUCGAACGGGCUGCAGGCCCACGCUGAGUUCCCCGCCGCUGUGAGCAGUCCCAAGAGGAAGCAGAACAAAUCUGCCGCUGAACAUUACCUGAGCAGCAGCAACUACAUGGACUGCAUUUCAUCGGUGACGGGCAGCAACGGCUGCAGCCUCAACUCCUCGCUCAAAGGUUCGGACCUGCCCGAGCUCUUCAGCAAGCUGGGCCUGGGGAAGUACACCGACGUCUUCCAACAACAGGAGAUCGACCUCCAGACAUUCCUGACUCUGACCGACCAGGACCUAAAGGAACUGGGCAUCACUACCUUUGGCGCCCGCAGGAAAAUGCUACUGGCCAUCUCAGAACUUAACAAGAACCGGCGGAAGCUAUUCGAGCCCCCCAUCCGGUCGUCCUUCUUGGAAGGGGGCGCGAGCGGUCGCCUGUCCCGUCAGUUCCACGCCGACAUGGCCAGCGUCAGCGGGCGGUGGUAGGCCGUCCUGUCCAGUCCUGUCCCGUCCCAGCGGCGUCCUUUUUUUUCAAGGCCCAGCGCCACCUUUUUCAUUCGGUUGCUGCACCUCUAUCAAGCUCAGACUGUUCACAGCGCCAUCUUGUAUAAACAUACAGUUAAAAGCCAUAGUUUGCCUUCCAAGUACCAACCAACAUUGGGGGGGGGGGGAAAAAGGGAUUCUGAGGUUCAGUGGUCACACCUGUCCGAGCCAUUAAGUCUAUCCGAAGCAUUUCUGUGUGGCGCUUCUGACUAAAGGUACUCCAGUAUUUCAAGGGAACAGGCAGAAUGAUUAGUACAAUCAUUUUACCCACUGACGCCGCAGCAGCUGUGUCGGUGACAUGCACUUUAAUGUUACUAGACUUUUGCCUGUGAACGCCUUCAUUGCUUAGAUUGGAAUAUUGAUAAUAAUUAUGCAUUGGACUUAAAAAGCACAGAUCUUUUUUUGUGUGUGUGUGUGUACCAAGCCAAAUGUAAGCACUUAGCUUGCCCGAUUGGGGGUGGGAGGGCAUGCCCAAGCAAAGUGCAAAGUAGGUCAGCGCACCAAAGUCGUGUCGUGUACCAAAAAGGGAAGUGUAGAGUGUUUUGAUUAGGAACAUACCUCCGAAGUCAAUGUUUAUGUUCAGCAGCUGUUGCGCCAUCUCGCCAUCGUAUUUCUUAGACAAAAAUUUGUACUCUUUUUAUGAUUUUUUUUUUUUUUUUUUUUUUUUUUUUUUUUUAACUACCAUGUUAGGGGAAAGGGGCAGGAUGUAUAAUGGUAAUCCGUUUACAUGUGUAUUUUUGUAUACGUCAUGAAUGACUUAAUAUGAUUAUUUGGUAUUAUUAUUGUCAUUUUAUGUUCGUUUCUCAGUCUGUGGAGUGCUUCAAUGGCCGCAGCAGGUUUUCGUCUGUUUGUUUAUAGCACAUGCUUUUUUUUUUUUUUUUUUUUUUUUCCCUCCUUCUUCUUCUUUCUUCCUGUCCCGUCUGUUGUUUGUCAGCGUUGGCCUCUCGGUGGCCUCGAAAUCCCACAAUGCACUCCUCUGCCUUCUCUGUGGAGCAUGGACCUCAUUAGAGAACUUUUUGUAGCCUCAAGUGCCAGUUAACUUUUUUUUUUUUUUUUUUUUUUGCGUGAAGAAGGGAUGUUUUGCUCUGAAAAUGACUGCAUCUCACAGUGAAAAUAAAAACGGUAUUUGAAGGAAUGCAAUGAAAAGCUACAAUGAUCCACCAUCAUAUUUUUGGGUCAUCUUAAUACCCGUGAAGCACCAUUUAAUUAAACGAGAGGACUAUAUAUCAUAUUUACAGUAAAUCAGAAUUCUCAAGUUUGUCAGACAUGUUAUUGAAGAUUUUGACGCUAGAUUUGAAGCUCAAGUGCAAUUAAGAGUCGUCGUGUUAAUAUUUUUCAGUAUUACAAAUGAAGAAUGAAGAUUUUCUUUUUUUGUGUGUGUAAAAGGUGCCUUAAAAGAUUGACCGCCUGUCGAGCGCAGAUGCAUCAAAAGCAUCGAAACUAUGACGGAAAAUACCAGCAGGAAAUAAAUGAGUGCCUUUCCCUUUCAUUCUAAUUUUUCAACCACUUUCACCUGUUUGACGUCUAUUUACGGUUGUUAAUAACUCUACAGUGCAGUGAAUUAUUUUCUGACAAGGUUGCCGAUGCAAACGGGAUAUUUUAGUUUUUUAUAUAGAAGUCUUUUAAAAAAAAAAAAAAUACAAAAUGUAAACUGUUACUUUAUGCUGAGGCACUACAUGGAAAAUGUUGUGACUCGUUUUGUUGUCCUUCCAAGGUCAGCUUCUUGUCUUAACCGGUGAAUGUUGUGUUAAAAAAGCACUUCGUCCGAGGUGCGAUGUUUUUGUUUUGUUUUUUUCCAUGGCUCAUUAAGGGACUCAUUCUGUCAAAAAAGUUUACUAGCGGCUCCUCUCAUUAAGUCAUACAGCCGUCAAUGUGCGGUUGUAUUGUUUAUUGCCAAAAAGGUUCUAUUUGAAGACGUCUUCGUACUGCAGUUUUCUGGUACAUUUAUAACUCAUGUAAAACCACUAAGAGAUUUCUGGAACAUUUGUGCAACUUUUCAAUCCUGAACAAUUGUUGUUGUUAUUUUUUUGUUAGGAAAAGAUACAAUUCUGCACCCAAGGAUUUGUGCAUCGUGGCCAAAAAGCUAUUGUUCACAGUCUGAUAUUCCAGUUGUCUUAUCAUAACGAAUUAUUAUUAUUUUUUUCAGUUUUUAAUAAGCCAUGAAUCAGGCACACGCAAAAAAACAUGUUCAAACAUUGAUAUUCUGAAGGUAAUAAAUGUAUGCCAAAUUC